AUGAGCCUCUACACAAACGAACAACUUCGCCACUCAGACUCUGAUUCUGACUCCCGUUACCACGCUUGGCCGGGUUCAUCUUCAUCCUCCUCAAGCUACUACCAGGGCUCAACAUCAUCAGAUCCUCGCUACCACGCCUUCGGUAGCUACUAUGCCAGCCACAACCAAUCAAACUCACAGUACCCCUACAGAGUAGGCGAGUACACUGAGUCCCAGCAAUCAGACGAUCAUCAACACAUGUGGCAGUCCCAGGAACACGGUGGCGCACCAUCCUCCUCCUCAGUCGCCACUUCUAGUCCACCCAACUUACAAGACGAUUCCUACGGCUGGAGUCCUGCCGAAGGUGGUGACCAAAAUCGAUGCCAUUGCGGAAAAGCCUUCCGACGUCCCUCUGAUCUUGCUAAACAUCAAAAGUACCACAUCAAGUACUUCUCAUGUCUCUUCUCCGGAUGUGACAAGGCCUUUGCUACUCAAAAAGACCUCACCAGGCACAUGCGUACACAUCGCAAAGGCGAGGGCUACCAAUGUAAGGUAGACGGAUGCCGCAAAGCCAUGUCUGGUCAUGUCUACUCAAGGAAAGACAACUUCGACCGACAUAUGCGGACAGCACACCCAGAACACCCACAAAUCUGA